GGAGGUUCCUCCACAAAUAACCCAGUGUUAGUAUUUAUUUAAACGUUUUCAUACCAUACAUCUAUAAUUUCAUUUAUUUGUGUGUUUAUUGUUUUAGGUUGUUUACUAUUAUGGGUGCACACAUUUAGUAAACGCCUUUGUUUGGUAAUUAUUAAUUAUUUUGUUUUGCUGAGUUGAAGGACUGGCUGAGGGAGAAGACUGGUUGAAGGGUAAACCAGGAAGUGGAACAAACCAUCAGGCUGCUGGACGCAGGGGAUCUGAUGUUAAAAGAACUUUCCUCUCUCUAGUUAUAGCAUAAGUCCUUAAAUAUUUUGAUGUUAGGUUUGAUUUGUGUUUGUUAUGGUGUUGUAGUUAAAAUAGGUUGGUUUAAAUUAAUGGUUUAUGUUUAUACAUUGUUUGUCUUUGUCUCAUCUCCCACCCCUUCUUGUGUGUGUGUGUGUAGGCUAGCCUUUGUGUUUAAAUUCCCCUGUGUGUUCAUUGUAGGAGGUCAGUUUUUGGUUUGUCAUCCUGAGUUAGGUAUGCUUUAGUUGUUUUCUUUUGGGCCCAUUUUUGUUAUAUUUUGAAAUUUGAUGUUCUUUUUGUUGAAGAAAUAAUAGAAAAAUAAAUAGAAUUUAUUCUUUUUAUGCCUUUGUCCCUGUGGUUUACUGGACGGACCGUAACAAUUGGUGUCAGAAGUGGGAUCCUCCAGUUAAGGACAAGGACAUAUUUUUGAUUCUUUUGAAAAAAAAAAUAUAUAAAACCCACAAAGAAGAAAACCCUAAACCAUGAGAGGAGCCAGAGGUGGUAAAGGCAAGUCAGCUCCAUCAGACAAGGAAGCGGACACAGGACAGGAGCAGUGUGGUGCAGCUGGUGAAGAGGUUGACGAGGGGAGAGAGCCGACCAUAUCUGACUUGGUUGGGAUCCUGCAGGCCCACAUUGGACAACAGAAAGCUAGAGAGGUACAAUGGGAGAAGGAGAUGGCACGUCAAGAUCAUCGGUUUAAGGUUUUCCAACAACAGUUCAGUUUGUUUCAAGAGGAGUUUCAGGCCCAGUCGUCUGCAGGCCUGAGGCCGUUUGUGCAAGACCACGCCCCCUCUUCUCCAGGCUUGAGGGAUGAUGAUGAUGAUGAUGAUUGCUCAUCACCAGCACCUGCACCGUCUUCUGGCAAGCCAGGUGACUCCGUUGCUACACUUUUGUUUAAAGAACCAAAACUGCAAAAGCUAAGUGAGGAGGAUGAUAUUGAACAUUUCCUUAUAACUUUUGAAAGGAUAGCUUGUGUGUGCAGAUGGCCAAAAAAGGACUGGGCAUUUCAAUUGAUUCCAUUAUUGACUGGUAAAGCCAGGAGUGCAUAUGUACACAUGGAUAUGGAUGAAUCAAUGGACUAUAAUAAUGUUAAAGCUGCUAUUUUACAGAAAUAUGAAAUUAACAGCGAGACUUACCGACAGAGGUUCCGCUCUCUUUAUGUGGAGCCAAAUGAGUCCCCCAAGGAGCUAUAUGUGAGACUUAAAGAACUGUAUGGAAAAUGGGUUCAGCCCCGAGAACUCCAAGUUUGGAUUAAGGAACGAAACCCAAAAGAUGCAGCAGAAGCAGUUUCCUUGGCAGAUGCUUUUGUGGCAGCCCGUAGGAAGACUCAAUCGUGGGCUUUUAGAGCUGAAAAAAGAGAGUUUAUUCCGGGUUUGGGUCACACCAAUCAAACUGGAAAUGUGAGUAAGCAGUCUGGAAAAGAAAAAUGUUUUUUCCCCAAUCAAACAAAAUCUUUGAAAAAGCCCAUCUGCUAUUUAUGUGGGCAGGAGGGCCAUACAAAGCCCAUGUGUCCUCAAAAUCCUGCAAAACUUUCUCAGAUGUGUUUUGUACCCAGAGAAAAUCAUGUAUUGAACAGACAAAACCAGCCACUGAUGCAGACUAUUGUGGAGAUAGAUGGGCAGAAGGUCAAAGCUCUGAUUGACACAGGAAGCACCCAGUCAUUGGUACAUCGCAGGUAUGUCCCACCACAUAGUAUUUGCACCUCUGAAACAAUACCCAUCUGCUGUGUUCAUGGGGAUGAAAAACAAUAUCCAACAGCAGACAUUUAUAUGAGAGUGCAAGGACAUGUUUACCUAUUAAAUGUGGGUGUUAUGGAUAAAUUAUCUUUUCCUGUUGUCUUGGGGAAUGAUCUUCCAGUUCUCACUGACCUAAUAAAUGCUUCUAAAAUGUGCAAUUUUGUGCUCACACGGUCCCAGGCAAAGACCUCUGGGGAAGAUGAACCCAGCCUAAGGGCCUUGCCAUUUUAUGGGGCUGAGAUUGAAGAGGGUCAAACUAAAGAACGGAAGUCUCGUGCACAGCGCAAGCGGGAAAAAUUCAAACAUACCACAGCCUCUCCUGUGUUACCUGAACCUGAGGUACAGCUAGACUUUGAAAUCCCUGAUAAUAUUAGUGAGCUGCAGCACCAGGGUAGAAGUCUGGCUGACCUUAUUAAGAGAGUGGAAGAGGGUGGAACUGCAGAGGAAUUUCACAUGCAAAAUGGCAUCCUCUAUAGGAGACAUGGGGAAGUACAGCAGCUUGUGUUACCUAGAAAAGCCAGAAAACCAGUAUUAACUUUGGGCCAUUCAAUUCCCUGGGCUGGCCACCUGGGGAAACAUAAAACAAUAGCCCGAAUCCAACGGUGUUUUUACUGGCCUGGAUUACAAAAGGAUGUUGCCAAUUUUUGCAGGAGUUGUCCUUGGUGUCAAAAAACAUCCAACAGAUUUGCAGUGAGAGCACCUCUUCAGCCUCUUCCUAUUAUAAAUACACCAUUUGAACGUUUGGGCAUGGAUGUUGUAGGUCCAGUGGAGAAGAGCAAAUCAAAAAUGGACCACAAGGCUCUGAAAUGGCUUGAAAGAAUGAAAGACUCAAACAGCAGGAUAACCCGCUGGUAUCUGGCGAUGCAACCAUUUCAGUUUGACGUCCAUCACAUCCCUGGGAAGCUGAACACUACUGCCGACUACCUGUCACGCUGGCCCAUGGACCUUCCAGAAGAGGGGGAGUGUGUGGAGGUUCCUCCACAAAUAACCCAGUGUUAGUAUUUAUUUAAACGUUUUCAUACCAUACAUCUAUAAUUUCAUUUAUUUGUGUGUUUAUUGUUUUAGGUUGUUUACUAUUAUGGGUGCACACAUUUAGUAAACGCCUUUGUUUGGUAAUUAUUAAUUAUUUUGUUUUGCUGAGUUGAAGGACUGGCUGAGGGAGAAGACUGGUUGAAGGGUAAACCAGGAAGUGGAACAAACCAUCAGGCUGCUGGACGCAG